CAGCAGUCAUCCCUUUCAUUUCUUCGUUCGUUCUUUUUUUCAUUCUCUUCACUCUUUUUAAAUCACAUUCGUUCGAUCUGGUCUGCCGUUCAAAAUGAAGCUGCUUGCUGGUCUUGCUCUCGCCUCUAUGGCUGUUGCUGCGCCCCUGGUGGAUAAGCGCGCUCCUACUCCCUUGAACGUUGAGUUGAAGAUGCAGGGGAACUCAAAGGUCAAGGCUGUUAUCACCAAUAAUGGGAAGAGCAACUUGAAGCUUCUCAAGGUUGGAACAUUCCUUGAUACGGCUCCUGUUGAGAGGGCUCAGGUUUUUUCUGCUGAGAAAAAGACUGUCCCCUUUGACGGUGUUCGCAUCGCCCUCGACACCACCCAGCUCGAUGACACCGCCUUCCAGAGCAUACCCUCUGGAAACUCCUAUGAAGUCGAAUUCGACAUCGCCGAGUUCCACGAUCUUUCCGCCGGCGGCAAGUUCAGCGUCCUCUCAUCCGGCGCCCUAUCCUUCGCCCAGGAGAACUCCACCGAGUUGAUCGGCUCAAUUCCCUUCUACUCCAACCGUCUCGACGCCGAAGUCGACGGUCCGCAGGCCUUCUCCGUCCGCACCGCUUUCCACCAGAAGCGCGCUCAAGUGCAGAGUGAUUGUUCUGGCAGCAAGCUUCAGGUCACUCAAGCUGCCCUGUCGAACUGUGCUAGACAGGCUUCUGCUGCUCAGCAGGCUGCUUCUAACGGUCCUGCUGCGAAGGUGGAGGAGUACUUUAAGAACUCUGACGCUGCGACUCGCUCGACUGUCGCUGAUGUCUUUGCCAAGAUCGCUGCCGAGUGUGGAUCGACCAACGCUGGAGAUACUCGAUAUUACUGUACCGAUGUCUACGGCGCUUGCCAGAACGGUGUUCUUGCGUAUACUGUUCCUGGUGGAAACUACAUGGCCUACUGCGAUUUGUACUUUGAGCGUCUUCCUGCUACCACUUCAACCUGCCAUGCUCAGGAUCAGGGUAACACCAACCUGCACGAGAUGACCCAUCUUACUCAGAUCAAGGGCACUUCUGACUAUGGUGGCUAUGGAUAUAACUUCCUCCAGAGCUUGACUGCCGAGCAGAACAUCAACCACGCUGAUACCUAUGCUCUGUUCGCCAAUGCCGUCAGCCUGGGAUGUUAGAGGGCUUGCGAAGUAGAGAGAACAUAGGUGCAACUGGAGAGCUAGGGGUUGGUGGGAUUCGGGAUCAUGUAGGGCACACAAUAAAGGACGGCGUUUUGAAGGCGGAAUUUGAAUAGGCAAUCCACUAGAUUACGUGAAACAA